AUGCGUCUCCAACAACCCUACGGGACUGGCACACCAGUUACCGAGCCCGCCACAGUCCCCGAAACCGAAGUCACUGGUGAUGCCCCAAAGCGUAUGGCCAUUAUCGGCAUGUCCUGCCGCCUCCCAGGCGAGGUUUCUACGCCCGACGAAUUUUGGGACCUCUGUUCCCGAGGCCGCAGUGCCUGGUCGCCCGUUCCGAAGAGCCGAUUCAACGCUGAUGCCUUCUACCAUCCUCAGCAGGAUCGUCCUGGCUCAUUCAACCCAUUAGGAGCCCACUUCCUGAAAGAAGAUCUCGGAUUGUUCGAUGCGCCUUUCUUCAAUAUUACCCUCCAAGAAGCCCGAUCCAUGGAUCCACAACAGCGUAUUAUGCUUGAAUGUGUAUAUGAAGCUCUCGAAAAUGCCGGUAUUCCGCAGCAAGAUAUCGUUGGAAGCAAGGUGGGAGUUUUCGCCGGUGGCUCAUUUCCCGACUAUGAAAUCAACAACACGAGGGAUAUCGACGGCAUCCCUAUGUAUGCAGCUACUGGUACAGCUAUGGCAUUGCAGGCAAACCGCGUCUCAUAUUAUUUCGACUUGAACGGGCCCAGUGUUACAGUCGAUACGGCUUGUUCUUCCAGUUUAUCUGCUCUGCAUCUGGCUUCACAAAGUAUUCGAAAUGGCGAAUGUUCGCUCGCGAUUGUAGGAGGAUGCCACUUGAACAUUAUUCCAGAGGCCUUUGUUUCUAUGACUCGUUCUAGAUUGCUCUCCGACACCGGCCGUUCUUAUGCGUUUGAUCAUCGAGCAACUGGGUUUGGCCGAGGUGAAGGUGCAGGAUGUAUUAUAUUGAAAUCUCUUGAAGACGCAGAGGCCGCUGGUGACGCGAUUCGAUCUGUCGUUGUGAACAGUGGUCUUAAUCAAGAUGGACGCACCAGAGGUAUUGCAAUGCCGAACGGGGAAGCCCAAGAAGCAUUGAUUCGUCAAGUGUAUAAGGAAGCACGGAUCGAUCCCAAAUUGGUCGGAUUCGUCGAAGCGCAUGGUACUGGCACCAAAGUUGGUGACCCGCUCGAGGCGACGGCGCUCAAUGCUGUCUUUGGUGAAGGACGGACUCCACGACAGCCCUUGCUCAUUGGCUCUGUCAAGUCGAACAUUGGUCAUCUGGAGGGGACUAGUGGGGUCGUUUCUGUGAUCAAGACUGCGCUGGCACUUGAGCGAGGCUUCGUCCCUCCCAAUUGUAACUUCGAGAAGGCCAAUGAUGAGAUUCCCAUGGAUAAAUGGAAUAUGAAAGUUCCCAAGAAAUUGAUGCCAUGGCCUCGCGGCAAGCCCUACGCCAGUGUGAAUAACUUCGGCUUUGGCGGGACCAACGCCCAUGUUAUUCUCGAGCGUGGCCCCCGCCAUGAAGGUGAAGGUGCGGCAUACGCAGACUCUCUAAAGCGCAAACUGUAUGUCGUCUCUGGAUAUGACAAGCAGGCCGCCAUUCAAAUGGGCAAAGGGCUCGGUGGGUAUCUAGACCUUUACCCACCGGUAUUCAACGAUAGUCUCCUGGAUAACAUGGCCUAUACGCUGGGCCAGCGCCGAAGCUUCCUCCCGUGGAGAUUCGCCAUUUCUUCACAGCUGCCUGCCGAGUUGAAUACAUCUCUCUUGAACACUGAGCCUGUUCGCUCUUCCAGGGAGCCUACUAUUGGCUUCGUCUUCACUGGACAGGGUGCACAAUGGCAUGGCAUGGGCAAGGAGCUUCUUAGCACUUAUCCCGUCUUCGAGCAAACGAUGAAAUCCGUGGAUGGAUGUUUGAAGUUGCUUGGUGCCUCCUUCUCAAUUAUCGACGAACUACGCUUGACCGACCCCAACGCCAGCUCAAUUUCGGCAGCAUAUAUGAGCCAACCUGCGUGUACUGCAGUGCAAUUGGCCUUGGUGGACCUGCUCUCAUCAUGGGGUAUCCAUCCGAAAGCAGUGGUUGGUCACUCCAGUGGAGAGAUUGCAGCGGCUUAUGCGGCUGGCAUCUUGACACUAGAGGAGUGCGUCCGUGUUGCUUACUCUCGUGGCGUUGCAGCCAACCUGGUUGCGAAUGACAAAUCCAUCAAGGGUGGUAUGUUGGCCGUUGGAGCUAGCGCUUCAGACAUCCAGCAAAUCCUGGAUGCUAUGCGUGGCAACCGCGCUGUCAUAGCAUGUGUAAACAGCGAGUCGAGUGUCACCUUGUCAGGUGAUGCAGAAGUCAUCACCGAUCUCCAAAACGCAUUGGACAAGGAGGGCAUCUUCACUCGGAGACUGCAAGUUGAUGUUGCCUAUCACUCUCACCAUAUGAGGAUUGUCUCGCAGCAGUAUCGUUCGUUACUCGGUAAAAUCGCGCCCCGGGACUCAGCAAUUCCGUUCCACUCAACCGUGCACGGCAAAUUGGUCCCAGGAAGCACUUUGAAUACGUCAUACUGGGUUGACAACUUGAUCUCCCGAGUUGAAUUUGUGAAGGGCGUGAAGAGUCUCUUGACAGAUGAGCAGGCCGUAUCUCCCGUCAGCACCUUGGUCGAGAUUGGCCCUCACCCUGCUCUGCAAACACCUGUCAAAGAUAUUGCCCAGAUCCACGCCCCGAAGAGUAAUGUGCAAUACUUCCACACCUUGAAGCGGAAGGUCGACGCCAUUGAGGCCGUUCAGAACCUGGCUGGCUCCUUGUUCAUGAAUGGGAUGACCCUCAACUUCCAGGCCAUCAACUUCCCUAACCUCAGCCGAUCGCCGAGAAAGCCCUCUGUAGUGACCAAUCUGCCAAAAUAUCCCUGGAACCACACGGAAAGGUACUGGUUCAAUUCCCGACUAGGUGAUAAUCAUUUCCAUCGCCAAUUCCCUCGCAAUGAUAUCCUUGGCUCACUUACCAUGGAGAACGUGGACUUCGAGCCCCGAUGGAGGAAUACCAUCCGCGCCGAUGACCACCCUUGGAUUCGUGAACACAGAGUUCACGACAGCAACGUGUAUCCCAUGACGGGAUUCCUGGCCAUGGCUAUGGAGGCCAUCUCCCAGCAUGCACAGAUCCAUCACAUCACCCCAGGCAAGAUCGACCUGCGCGACAUUUUCAUCAACCGCGUCCUCACAGUCCCGGACAACCUGUCCGUAGAGACCAUGCUCAGCUUGCGCCCAUGUCGCACUGAGGCCCCUAGCAAAUCCGUCCUCGGCUGGCACGAGUUCAAAGUUUUUUCAUGGGCCGAAGGCCGUGGGUGGGAUCAACACUGCAACGGUUUCAUCAUGGUUCAAGAAGCCAAGGAUAUCAAUCCAGUCGAUGGUUCUCGACAGCAGCUUGAAACAACUGCUCGCUUUGCACAAGAAGCACUGGACAUGCGCCACGCUUGCAAUGUACCGAUCGACAGCAAAUUUCUUUACAAGAACAUCUCGGGCGGUGGUGUCCACUACGGUCCUCUUUUCCGAAGAUUGACUGAUAUCUCGGUCGACAAAAACUGCCGGGCAAUGGCCACCCUCUGUGUUCCAGAUACCAAAGCAGCCAUGCCUCAUGAGUACGAGACCCCAUGCAUCGUCCACCCAGUCACACUUGAUCUGUGUAGUCAGGUUAUGUGGGUCCUCCGUGGUUAUGGUGAGCCGGGACCCCAGGUCACCCACGUCCCGUCGCAUGUGAAGAGUGUCUCAGUUUCAUUGAGUCAAGAAAUCUCUGCUGGCACCAAGCUUCAACUAUACGGUCAGCAGUCCGGUAGUGAAUCUGCCGCCGACCCCGAAAACAACCGUAUCUUUGCUACCGAUCCGAGCAACUCGGCCAAUCUGUUGAUUGACAUUAAUGGUAUCACUUUGGUGCCCGUGUCAAAUGACAUCAAGGGAUCCAAGGACAAUGCCCCAGACCAAAUUUGCUACAAGCUGCAAUAUGAGCCUUGCUUUGACUUCCUCUCUGGCGACGACUACCGUCAGCUUGCACGUCCAGAGACCGAUACAACGCAAGGGAUCAAACGCAUGCAACAAUUGGAAUCUGUCGCAGAGUACUACCUGCGGAAAAUGCUGAAGUCGGUUUCAGAGGAUGAGAUCUCCACCUUUGAGCCUCAGCAUCAGAAGUUCUACCGCUGGGCCCAGAAGACCUGUGAAAAGGCUGGCCCAGCAGAAGCUCCAUCGCUUGACGUUCUGGAACAGAAUCGAACAAUCAACGGAGCCGGUGAACUGACAUUCAAGGUUGGAGAGCUAUUGCCUCAAAUUCUUCGCGGUAAGGUCGAUGCCUUGACUGUCCUCCUCGAGGACGAUGGAAUCGGCGGGUACUACAGUGACCUUGACGCUCUUCGCGAAGCCUACGCCAAUGUCUCUGUCGUGAUCGACAAGAUGGCUCAUCAGAACCCCGAGCUCAACAUCAUCGAGAUUGGUGCUGGUACCGGUGGUGCUACGAUGCCAAUCCUGCAAAGCAUAGGAGGAGGAGAACCGGGAUCUAUCCCUCGGUUCGGACACUACACUUACACCGAUAUUUCCCCAGGUUUCUUCGAGAAGGCCAAGACCAAAUUCGAGAGCUGGGGCCAUCUUAUGACAUACCAGACUCUUGACAUCUCCGCAGAUCCCACUGGACAGGGCUUCAACACUGGCUCCUAUGAUGUUGUUGUUGCUUGUAAUGUCUUGCAUGCCACAUCCAACAUUAAUGAGACCAUGGCCAACAUCCGGUCCCUCCUUAAGCCUGGUGGAAAGAUCAUUCUCAUCGAGGAGACUGUGCCCAAGGCUCGUCACUUCCCCUUUGCCCUUCUGUCUGGAUGGUGGCUGGCCAAUGACGACUUCCGAAAGGAUGGCCCCCUCCUCACCGUUGAGGGAUGGAGCAACGUCAUGAAGGCAAAUGACUUCACUGGCGUUGAUCUCUGUGUUGAGGAGUACCCAGGAGCUUCGUUCCAGUCUGGUUGUUUGAUGACCACUACGGCCAACGCCCCAGCUGCCGGACCUAUGAACCAUGGUGAUGUUGUCAUUGUUGGCACUGAGUCUAUUGGUAGUCUGUCUUUCCUUAGCUUGGAGUCCGGCCUCAAGAGUAUGACCGGCGCAGUACCAACGACAGCGGAGCACUCUGAUGAGGUCGACCUCACUGGGAAAUGGUGCAUUUUCCUUGGUGGCAUGGAUCGCUCAAUCCUGUCUCAUCUCACACAGGAAAAGUUCCAGGCACUCCAGCGACUGCUGAGUCGUGCUCGUGGUCUAUUGUGGGUUGUUCGACACAGUAAACACAAUCUGGAGUCCCUUGGCGCAAAUAUGGCAAUUGGUCUUGCCCGCACCGUCCGAUCAGAGACUGGUCUCCAGUUUGCCACUCUGGAUCUAGGCGAACGGGAGAGUAUGCCCGACGCUGAAGCUGUUAGCCACAUGUUGAACGUGUUCAAGGGUGUCUUCUGCCAGCGUUCGCAGUUGAUGCACAGUGACUGGGAGUUUGUCGUUCGAAAUGGUAAUGUCUGUGUUCCUCGACUGGUCGACAACCACGCCCUGAAUCUCAGUGUUCAACAAGAGACGCCCACUGCGCCUCCCCAGUUGCAACCCUUCAAGCAGAACCGGGCAUUGAAACUUGCUGCUGGACAGGGCCGAGGCUUGGAUGAACUUUACUUCACAGACGAUAUCUCCUGCAACACAUCUCUACCAGAUGAUCACAUCGAGAUCCAAGUAUACAGCACUGGUCUCAACUUCAGGGACGUCCUGAUGGCAAUGGGUCAACUCAAAGGUGACAGACUAGGCCAGGAAUGUAGCGGUGUUGUCACUCAGGUAGGCUCUUCGGUCUCUGAUUUCAAGGCUGGAGAUCGCGUCUGUGCGAUGUCGCCUGGAUCGUUGUCCACCUUCACCCGGUGCCCAUCAUCCGGUGCUUGGGUUAUUCCCGACGAUAUGUCCUUUGAGAUCGCAGCCUCUAUCCCCGCUGUGUUCUGUACGGCAUACUACUCGCUAAUUGAUCUCGGCCGAUUAACCCAAGACGAGAGUGUCUUGAUUCAUGCCGCUGCCGGAGGGGUUGGUCAAGCGGCAAUCAUCAUUGCUCAAAGCAUUGGGGCCAAGAUUUUUGCAACCGUCGGCAGCAUCGAGAAGAAGAACUUCCUAAUGGAGACAUACCAGCUCAAAGAGGAGCAGAUCUUCUUCAGUCGUGAUAUGUCCUUUGCUCGAGGCAUUCAGCACGCCACUGGUGGCCAAGGUGUAGAUGUUGCGCUCAACUCUCUCAGCGGCGAUGCAUUGCAGGCUACAUUCGAGUGCGUUGCGCCGUUUGGACGAUUCAUCGAACUUGGAAAGCGUGACAUUACGCAGAACUCCAGAUUGGAGAUGGCCCACUUCAACAAAAAUCUCUCAUUUGCAUCAGUCGACUUGGGCAUGGUUCGAGAGAAGCGCCCGCAGUUGACCAAACGCCUCCUGCGUGAUGCUUUCAAGCUAUUUGUCGACUCUAAUGCCCAGGCUAGGUGGCAGGUCACUACUCUCCCGAUCUCUCAGGUCGAAACUGGAUUCCGGGCUUUGCAGGGUGGACAGGUCAUUGGGAAAAUGGUCGUUCAGAUUACAGAUGAUUCUAUGGUUAAGGUCUAUCCCGCGAGAAGAGACGAGAACCUCCUCCGAUCUGAUGCAUCCUACAUCAUCGUUGGUGGAACUGGUGGUAUUGGUCUUGACAUUGCCAGCUGGUUGCCGGAGAAAGGAGCCAAAAGUCUUAUCCUGGUUUCGAGGAGCGGUGCCUCGACUGAAAAGGCGAAGCAGGCUAUUGAAGAACUUACUCGGCAAGGAGUCAAUGUCGAGGUCUGUCGCUGCGAUGUUGCGGACAGGUCCAGCAUUGAACAAAACCUCGUCCCGGUUCUCGCUCGCAUGCCUGCUGCUCGCGGUGUUGUUUUCGGAGCCAUGGUCCUUCGUGAUACGCUAUUUGAGAAGCUCAGCUUCGAGGACUAUCAGACGGUUAUGAUGCCUCGAGUCCAUGGCAUCUGGAACGUCCAACGCGCAAUCACAACCAACAACGGCAGCGUCGACUUCUUCGUGAACCUUUCAUCCGCCGCCAGCUUCGUCGGUAACAUGGGUCAAUCCCCAUACGCUGCCAGUGGAACCUUUAUGGCAGCACUUGCACAAUACCCCGAGUCAGCGAAGAUGCGCUGCUCGACAAUCGAUCUUCCGGUCGUUCGUGGAGUCGGAUAUCUCUCUGACGACCAGAAGCGCGAGGCGAUCACCAAGCAGCUCGGCACAGAGUCAGUCGAUGCAACCGAUAUCCGUGGCCUCGUCACUGCAGCCAUCCGACAAGACUUCGACACAACCUGCGAAGGCCACUGCGUGGCAGGCUUCGAAGCCGUCAAGACAACCCCGAUCACUGAACAGCCAUUCUGGGUGAACGAUACCAAGCUAUCACACCUCUUGCGCCUAUCCACCCUCGCUGGCGCGGGCGCAUUGCCCGAGUCUGCGCAGAGCGGCACCGAGAUUUCCCCAGCGUCUGCUAUCCGUCAAUCCAAGAAACGUGACGCCGCCGAGGCAGCAAUUGGCGCUGCUGUGCUUCAAAAGAUUUCCAGUAUUCUAAUGCGUCCCAUCGAAGAGCUCGAUCCAGCCUUGCCAAUCUCGGUGUAUGGUCUGGAUUCAUUAGUUGCCAUUGAGAUCCGAAACUGGAUCACCCGCGAAUUGGAGGCUAAUUUGCAAAUUUUGGAGAUUCUCACGAGCGAUUCGGUCCCAGCUCUUGCUGAGACGAUUCUCAAAAAGUCAGGUAUUCUUACGCCUGAUCUUAAGACCGAGUGGGGUUUGGAUGCCCCUGAAGGCCGCACUGGCCAAGAGUAA